GAAAGCCGUAAAGGGAGCGCUGCCUCUGGGCCCAGUGAGGGUGGUGUCGCUGGAAUGUAGAAGAACUGGAGGGAGAGACGCCUAUAUUGAUGUACACUGGAGCAUUCAUGUAGUAGGAUCAGGCGAGUCUGCGACUGUUAGUGGUGCAUUUGCCUUCAAAGUGUUCUUCCUGGUUCUCGUCCUGAUCACGUAGCUGACGCCAUGGACGAGAACAUGGAGGAGGACGCCAGCUAUCAGCAACUGGUAAUGGACGACCACAAUCACAACAACUGGGAGGCGGAUGCUUAUCAGCAUCACCAUAACCACCAGCACCAUAACGGCCACCGCCACACUGAGCUCAUUCUGCCCGAGCCAGGCGGUAUGUCGCAAGCACAACAGGAUCCCAAAGAACUACACCACCACCACCACCAUCAUCUGUCUGUCAACGGGGAAGAGCGAGGGCCAGGAGCGCAUAGGGAGCCUGAGCCCAUGACCAAUAAAGUAACCCUGAAUAUUAACAGUUCAGCUUCCAAGUUCUUGAUGAACGUUAUAACGGCAGAAGACUACCAACGCACUUAUUGGCCGAAGCUGGACAGUGCCAUUGAUCAGCUUUUGACACAGUCUCCUGGAGACUGCAUCCCUAUUUCUUACGAGCAAAUUUACAGUUGUGUUUACAAGUGUGUGUGCCAGCAACAUUCAGAGCAGAUGUACUGUGACCUCAUUACAAAGAUAACCAGUCACUUAAGACGAAUCUCAGAGGAGCUGCAGGUCAGCUGCCCCGAUGCUUACAUUGAGAGGUUUAAUGCAGCGCUGAGCCAGUACAUGGGAGCUCUACAGAGCAUUGUGCCUCUCUUCAUUUACAUGAACAAAUUUUACAUUGAAACCAAACUUAACAGAGAUUUGAGAGAUGACCUCAUAAAAUUGUUUACAGAACAGGUUGCAGAAAAGCAUGUUCCUACCUUAAUGCCUUUACUAAUAGAAGCUCAGUCAACUCCAUUUAAGAUCACUCCUUCAACCAUGGCAAAUAUAGUUAAAGGCUUAUAUACACUUAGACCUGAUUGGGCACAGCUGGCACCAAGUCUCUUUUCGAAAUUCAUCCCAAAUAUCCUUCCCCCUGCAUUGGAAUCCAAACUGUCAGAAUAUGCCGCUGAAGACCAAAAACUCCAGCGCGAAUUAAUACAGAAUGGCUUUGCAAGAGGGGACCAAUCACGAAAAAGAGCUGGAGAGGAGCUAAUAUUCAAUGGUUCAUCAUCUUUAUCGUCAUCAUGUGCAAAUGCUAGAGGAUUCAGAUAGUGAAGACCUGUUUUCUAUUGCCUUGGAAGGACUGAACGUGAAGGUGCAAGGACUGUAGAGGAGUAAUGCAGUGAAGAGAACGGAAGCUCAGGCCUGUUUUCAUCUUGCCCUUAAAAAAGAUGCCAUCUUUUAAGUUUUUUGUUCCUGAUGAUCAUGCUGCUAAUAGACUCUUUCCACUGGCUCAUAAUGUGGAGCCCUUACCUGGACCUCUUCCAUCCUGGUUCCCCUUAAACAAACCCAGCACUCUGCCAAUGAUUUUAAAAUGGGGUGUAGUCUUUUUUGUAAGAAGCUCAGUUUUCUCCCACUCUAACCAUGUUUGUGACUGCUGUUUGUCAUCUAAAAUACUCCCUAUUUUGCAACACCUUUCAGAAUUUGAUUUUUUUAUUUCUAUGUCAUUACAUCUAGGUAAGGUGGUACUGGAAUUGGUUAUUACACAGGAAUCACAUCUUCAUCAAAUUGCUUCUAAAGUAUUAAACAAUUAUCCUGAUAAUAUCUCAACUAAAUUUAAUUCCAAUGUCCAUGCACUUCAUUUAAUGAAAUUAAAGUUCAAAGUAAAAUUUAUUAUCAGAGUACAUACACUUCACCACAUACAACCUGAGAUUCUUUUUCUGUGGGCAUGAUUAUUGCACAAUUGUGAAUAUCUGUCACAUCCAAGGUAUGUUGAUCUCAAAAUAAUUUAUCCAAUAAAAGGUUUGAGAGGAUUAUUCAACGUAGCUUGCUUAGCAGUUGUCAUAGCUUGUAUAUGAAAACCCAACGACAUUGUUUUAAUUGAGUCCAGUACCACUCAAUUUAUAUUAACAUUACUAAAUAAUUAACAUUGCAGAGUGUCAUAAUGGUUAAUCUUGCUAUUGAAGUUAUUUUGGCUGUGUGAAAGAUCUGCCAUAUUAUUUAUUAGAUUAUUUCCUUUAUGGUCACCUCAUCUGGUAGAUCAAGUGACUAGAGUAUAUAUUUUUUCUCCUGCACAGUUUGUUCGUUUAAAUUUGAGUUUAUUAAAGUGGUAUUGCAUGCAUUGAGAUCGCUUUCAAUUUCACCCAUUUUCACUAUUAAAGUCAGUCAUCUAGAGGAAAGGAAUGCAGAGGCCAAGUUAAGAUGGGACUUCCUGUUUAAGAUGGCGCUACCGAAGACAUGCGACAGCUUACUGGUAGUUCAAAAGCAAAGGAAUUCAAUCAAAACCAUUAUUAAUGACACCUUUUUUGAAGUAAAUUGUGGUAACCUGUCACUGCAAGCAAUAAAGAAGUGAGUGAAGCAAAACAAAUUUGCGGGGUGUGCCCUACGCACUUGGAGUUGGAACCUUGCUGGUUGGAGUAAAUGAUUCAGAGGGGAGAAGACAGGAUAGAGGAGCCCUUAUGCCAGUUCAAAUAACCUGGGUACGAGGGUGGAUUGCUGUAAGCACCGAGCCAAAUUGGAGAGAUCGAGACUGCUUCUUUGACAGUGAAAUCCAGGUCCGAAGCAAAUUGACUGGCAAUGUGUUCAAGGAGUGAUUCACCACAGCGAGGCCCAGGUCUAAUAUGAGGUACAAUCCUCUGUUUGGACAAUCUAAAUGCUGGCCCAUUUAGAUUGGAAAGGCAGGGUGUCGAGAGUCAGACGUGGUUGGAUUGUUCUGGGCACCGAGCUGAUUUGUAGGGGUUGAGAACGGCUCCUUCGGCAGUGAAAUCCAGGCCCGUAGUGAUUCACCAACAGUGGGGCCCAGGUCCUAAUACGAGGUUCAGACAAUUUAAAAUCUGGCCCAGAUAGUCUGGGGGUUUCUCUCUCUGUCAUCCUAAGGCUGUGAGACUGCCCCCAGAUGCUGUGCUUCCUGCGAACUUUGCAGUGAUUUGCCCCACUAAUAUGAUGAACUGAAUACUGAGGCUUUGAGCCUACUCUGAGCUCUCUGGGGAUUUGGAUAUAUGGACUCAGUUUGGUUUGAAAUGCUGUUGUUGCUCGCUUCACUUUUUUAUAUGAUAUGUUUUGUGUGUUUUUUUUCUUUCUCUGCGGGCACUGGGGGUUUGGUCUUGUUCUUUUAAUUGGGUCCUUUCAGGUUCCUUGCUUUGCGACUGCCUGUAAGCAAACAAAUCUCAAGGUUGUAUAAUUUAUACAUUCUUUGAUAAUAAAUGCACUUUGAAACUUGAAACUUUGAAAAGCAUGAAUGAAGGUGUUCUGAUAAUUACACAUAUAGUAAUCAUGGUUGACGUAUAACUUUCUAAGCUGAUUUCAUAUGAUUGUAAAAUUCUUUCUAGGAAAAAGGUAUAAGAAAUUAUGAUUAGUAUCUUGGGAACCAACUCUUCCUCAUCUGCCUAUAAUGACUAUUUCAAUUGUGCAAUAAAACCCAAAAUUGACUUUGGAUGUUAUGGCACAUUUACGUUCACUUAUAUAAUUAAUAGCUCAUCCAAACACCAGUCUGUUUACAUAUGUAUCGAAUCUUCAAGGUGCAAGAGUCAAACAGAGAACAAAGAAAAUUUAAAGGGACUUUUUCUCCAUACCUUAAAAGUGGGUAAGAACUGAAAAUGUUGGCAAAGUUGAGAGUACAAGCCUUGUUAAAUUAAUAUGAUGCAACUACUCUAAUAAUUCUGUCAAUUUGCUCACAGCCACUUUUCUAAAGCAUAGUGAUGAGUUUAAGUUUGUGAAUGAGCUAUCCUGAAAAAUUGUGGUAUAUGCCCCAAGUUUCAGUUCUCACUUUGAGCAUAACAAUAAUAGGGAGCUAUCAGUGAACACCGCAACAGAAAUGAGCACUUGAGUCUUCUGGGUUGAUUUGAAUAAACUUAUGAUUGUUGCAGACGAACAGAAAAACUUUACUUCUGUUCCAGGUCUUCCUAAGUUUCUAACACUCUUUUGAAAGCAAUUUCUAAAAAUGAUUGUUCCCAUCUUUGCUCGUCCAAUGCUCACUUCUGUUAUUGUGGAAUUCUCAUGCUGUAUCUGUCUCUUUAUUGUCAUGCACUUUGCCUUUACAAAGCUGAGGCACUGAAUGGGCCCUUGUUAUUUUCAUUUUUAUAUAAAUAGUGGUAAUUGUGGAGUGUGAUUGGGCUCCUUAUGUGUUACAUAACAAUUAUGGUGACAUUACAGUACUGUGAAAGGCUAUUUGACCCUUCUGCUUUAUUUAGCAUAAUGUACUGUUCCUGCCCUAAAAUUCACCAAACAUGAGAUAUUCCACAUGGUAUCAUUGCCGUAGGCAACUGUGAAGGCCAAGUCAUUCGGUAAAUUUAAGGCAGAAUUUGAAAAAUUUUUGAUCAAUCAGGGCAUGAAGGGAUAUGGGGCGAAGGCAGAAGACUGGGGCUGAGGGAAAAUGGAUCACCUAUGAUGGAAUGUUGGAGCAGACUCAAUGGGCCAAAUGAUCUAAUUCUGCCCCAAUAUCUUAUGGUCUUAUGGUUCACAUGCCACAUCCAACUUGAAUCUGGCAAUUUUAUGGCUUGGUUUGACUUUUGCUUCAGUCAGAAACUUUUGGGCUUGGGUUCCAGAGAGCUGACCUGGUAAUGUGCACCACUGAGGGAGUAGUCCACUGUUGGAGGUGGCUGCUUUGGCAUCAGAUAUUAUUCUGAGACUUCUGCCUGCUUAUCCAAGUGGAUAUAAAAUAUAAAUGAUCCUAUAACAUUAUUUUAGAGCAUGGCAAAAGAAAUUACACCCAGGCCUAUAUUUAACCUUCAAUAAGCAGCACUUUAUUAAAACAUAUUGUUUGCUAUUAUUUUAAAUCUGAGUAUACUGUUUCACUUUGAACCUAAUAUUUCCUGCAUUAACAAUGAGUAUGGUAAAAAUGUUUCACUGUCUGGACAACAUUUUGUAUUAAGGUUAAGAAAGGGGCUGUAAUCAGUAGUUUUUAUUAACCACCGUCAGUUUCCCAUGCAUUCUUUAUUGGAUUUAUUGCAAGCUAUCUUGUACUGUUGUGCUUUGGUAUAGGGGUUACCCAUCUAAUAGGAAGGUUAAAGUUUGUGCUUUCUACUCUGGGUAAGUUAAUUUUUAAAAAGUUAAUUCCAUCACAGCAAUGAUCUGUGUAAACGAUUUAAAUAUUCCAAUAAUCAAAUUUCACAUAGAUUCAUAAAGCUGUACUGCAUUAAGUCCUUUAAUGAAAUGGAUCAGUGCAGGUCAAAAUGCUUAAAUGUAUUUGGCCCAUAUCCUUACUAAACCUUCCCUAUCCAUGUACAGUUGCAAGAAAAAGUUUGUGAACCCUUUGCAAGUACCUGGUUUUCUGCAUUAAUUACUCCUAAAUUUGGUCUGAUCUUCAUCUAAGUCACAAUAAUAGGCAAACGCAAUCUGCCUGCACUAAUAACACGCUAACAAUUGUACUACUUCGCGUCAAUACUGAGUACGCUAUUUAAACAAUUAGUCUAGGCUCAAAAAAAGUACGUGAACCUCUGGGGUAAUGCCUUCUGUAAAAGCUAUUUGGAAUCACAUGCUCCAGUCAAUGACAUGAGAUUGGAGGUGUGGGUUGUAGAGAUGCCCUUCUCUAUGAAAAAGACAUAGUCAAGUUACUGACAGAGCCUGCUCUUCUCAAGAUAGAUCUGUUUAUGUGCACCAUGCCUCUAUCAAAACAACUUUCAUAGGACCUUAGAAGAAGCUUUGUAGAGAUGCAUGAAGCUGGAAAAGGCUACAAAAGCAUUUCUAAGACCCUGAACAUUCAUCUGUCUACAGUAAGAGAAAUUGUCUGCAAAUGGAGGAAAUUCAGUACUGUUGCUACUCUCCCUAGGAAUGGGCUUCCUGCAAAGAUCACAGCAAGAGCACGACAUGCAAUGCUGAAGGAGGUGAAAAAGAACCCAAGGGUAACAGCAAGAGACAUUCAGAGAUCACUAGAGCUUGCUAAAGUCUCUGUUCAUGUGUCCACUAUAAGAAAAACACUGAAUCCUUAUUGUUAAUGGUGUUCAUAGAAGGACACCAUGGAAGAAACCACUGCUCUCCAAAAGAAAAUAUUGCUGCAUGCUCAAGUUUGCAAAAGACCACCUGAAUGUUCCACAAUGCUUUUGGGACAAUGUUCUGUGGAUAGAUGAGACAAAAGUUGAACACUUUGGCAGAAAUGCACAACGAUAUGUUUGGAGGAUAAAGGACACUGCUCACAACUGUGAAGCAUGGUGGAAGGAGCAUCGUGGUUUGGGGCUGCUUUGCUGCGUCAGGGCUUCGACGGGUUGCAAUUGUUGUGGGAACAAUGAAUUCAAAAUUGUAUCAAGACAUUUUACAGGAGAAUGUCAAGGUAGCAGUCCAUCACCUGAAGCUUAAGAGAAGUUGGAUAAUACAACAAGACAAUGAUCCGAAAGAUAAGAGUAAAUCAAUAGCAGAAUGGUUUAAAAAGAAAAAAAUUGAUGUUUUGGAAGUCCAAGUCAGAGUCCAGACUUAACCCAAUUGAGAUGCUGUGGCAUGCAAGGUAUCCCAGAAAUAUUGAUGAACUGAAACAGUUUUGUGUGGAGGAAUAGUCUAAAAUUGCUCCUCAUGGUUGUGCAAGUCUGAUCAGCAGCUACAGGAAAAAUUGGAGGUUUUUCUGCUAAAGGAGGUUCUACCAGUUAUUAAAUAAAAGGGUUUACAUACUUUAUCCAGCCUGGACUGUGGAUGAUUAAACAAUGUGUUCAAUGAAGACAUGAAAGUACAAUUGUUAGUGUGUUGUUAGUUUAGGCAUAUUGUGUUUGUUUAUUAUUAUGACUUAGAUGAAGAUCAGCCCACAUUUUAUGAGUAAUUAAUGCAGAAAACCAGGUAAUUGCAAAGUGUUCACAGACUUUUUCUUGCAACUGUACCUGUUCAAAUGUUUAUUUUUAAACGUUGUCAUUGUACCUACCUCUCCCACCCCGGGCAGCUUGUUCCAUAUACCCAUCAUCCUGUGUGUGUGUUGGGGAGGAGGGAGAGUGUGCUGCCAGGGCCGAUUUAAGUCUUUCCCUUGUCACCUUAAAACUAUUUUCUCUAGUUUCAGGCUCCUCUGCCUUGGGAAAAAGACUUAAUUUCUCAUGUGCAGCGUAGUUUCUAAACUAAAACCUGGGCCUUCAAUUAGUCCAAGAGAUUAUGAUUACCCAUGUUAAUUCAGUCAUUAUAAACAAAAUAAAUUUACCCCUAUGAUUUGUUCACUGUACUAGUUCUGGUAAAACUUUAAUGGGAAUCAUUGAUGUUGAAAUAUAUGUUCCAGGCAUAAAUUCUAGUGCUUCAUGUACAAACGUUUGUAUAAAUAGAAAUGAACAUUCAUGUAAAGACCCAGGCUGACUGGUUGGGCCAAUGUUUAAUUUGACAUAAUUUAAUUUAAUUUUAUAAAUCUGAUAGUUCAUUUCAAAUUUAUGAAGUUUGGGUAGGACAGGUCUAGACUACAUCACUUGUACUGAAAUCAACAAUUGUUUAAGAAAUGAGUUUCUAGUUUUAGUUGUAAAUACACAGCAGAAAUCAGGUUGACUAAAAUUCUGGAAUCAUUUGCUAGAUGUUUUAGAUAUGGUAAUACUGUUAAAUUACAGUUUGUGCAAAGCAACUGUUGUUUUUUGAAGUGUCAGAUUUAACUAGUGUAUAUUUAGCAUGAUCGUGGCAGUAAACAGAAAAAUUAAUAUGCAGCAUCUUGUGCAGGGAUUUCAGGUUGGUAUUUAUACUGACCCACAAGUCCUGGUCUAAUGUUUCUACCCUCUAACAUUUCCCAUCCCACAAAAUGCUCCAGGCUGCAUUUCUAUCUGGCUGUAAAUUUAUGGGGAAAAUUAUUUCUUCAUCUCAAAGACGACUUGGGCAGAGUGGUGGAUCUUGCUGUGAGAUGUACAAGCGUGAAACAAUAUUGCUGCAUCUGAAAAAAGGACAACAACAAACAUACGAAUGCAAACACACGAGAUCCUGCGGAUGCUGGAAAUCCAAAGCAAAAGCACACAAAAUGCUGGCAGAACUCAGCAGGUACCUUGCCCAAAAAUAUAUGAUGAUCUUGACCCUCGUUCAAAAAUUGCACCGAAUUACCACUUGAUGUACCACCCAAACAGUAACUCAAAGGUCAGUGAUGCCUUACGAAUGAGCAACCUCUGAAAAUCUUACCUAGCUGCAUAUUAGGUAGGUAGCUCCUUUCUAAAAGAGACUGGUUUUCUGCAUUUCAGAAGGGAAAGGUACCAAUAUGAAGGUGUGAAGGUAUUUUCAGUGACAUAUGCUUAAUAACUGUUGGAUAACUUGGCUGACCCUCCUGUUCUCUAAUAUGCCUCUUGACUAUACUUAGAGAAUUUAUAGUGUUUGGCUGAUAGAGAUGAGUCCAAAGACCAUAUUAAGCUCCCAAGUGUAAGCCAGUUUCUCUGUAUUGUAUAAUCAGGAAACCUAACCUUCACUGGUGAGGCCUCACCUUGAGUAUUGGGAACAGUUUUGGGCCCCUCAUCUUAGAAAAGAUGUGCUGGCUAUGGACGGGUCCAAGGAGGUUCACAAGGUUGAUUCCAGGAAUGAAAGGGUUAUCAUACAAGGAAUGUUUGAUUGCUUUGCGUCUGUACUUGCUAGAAUUCUGAAGGAUGAGGGGGGAAUCUCAUUGAAGCCUUUCGAUUGUUGAAAGGCCUAGACAGAGUAGAUGUGGAAAGGAUGUUUUCCAUGGUGGGAGAGUCUAGGACAAGAGAGCACAGCCUGAGCCUCUGGACAGAAAUGUGGAGAAAUUUCUUUAGCCAAAGGGUGGUGAAUUUGUUGUCACAUGCAGCUGUGGAGGCCAGGUCAUUGGGUGUAUUUAAGGCAGAGAUUGAUAGGUUCUUGAUUGGACAUGGCAUCAAAGGUUACAGGGAGAAGGCCGGGGAAUGGGGCUGAGGAGGGGAAAAAGGAUCCGCCAUGGUUGAAUGGUGGAGCAGACUUGAUGGGCCAAAUGGCCUAAUUCUGCUCCCAUGUCUUCUGGUCUUAUGGUCUAUAUGCCAGCUUUAUCCCCACCUGAACACCGAAUAACCUUAACUCAGCAGUUGCUAAUGCUGCUGCAUGGAAGUUUUUCUUUGCAUCUGUGCGUACAUGCAGAUGACAAUAAACUUUUGACUUUGAUCAUGAGAUUUUUGUUUCCAGAGCAUUUGCUCAUUUAUAUUCUAGUGUUCUACACAUCUGUAAAAGGCUGCACUCCUAAAACUAUAAAAAAAAAUGUUCUAAAUAAUGUCAUCCAGAAGGUAUUCUGGCAUUAUUUCACCUGGCUGCUCAUUUAUAUUCUAGUGUUCUACACAUCUGUAAAAGGCUGCACUCCUAAACUUGUAAAAAUAUAAAUAAUGUCAGCCAGAAGGUGUUCUGACAUUAUUUCACCAGCCCCCUCAUUUGGAAGAACUCCAGUCUGGUGCACCUCCAAUUAGUUGUUGCUGUACUGAGUCAAGGUUAGUAUUAUUCCUCAUCGAGAUCAUUAGUGAUCCAGCUGACCACCAGAAGCUCUUCCAUUUGCUUAAUAUGUACCUUGAUUGAUGUAAAUCUGAAAAUGCUGGGCUCCGUACCUAAUCUUUGCUCAAUUUGAUGUAAGCUUGGCUACUUGUAAGAGUCAGACUGGUUUUUAAGAAUUAAUUAGCCUAGGGUUUCAUUUGAGCUGAUAUUAGUGACAUUGAUUGAGGACACAGUAAGGCUUGAGCAUUGUGCCAGUUUAGUAGUCUAUCUAGAUUUCCACAUGAAACAUGAUCACUUCACUUUGUGUCUGAUGUUUAACUUGAAUGGAAUGGUGUAGGUAGGGUGAGGAAGUCGUCGUAUUACCCUUUCUAAAGCACCUGGCAGAGGGAGAACCAGGCAAACCAGUAUUGGAAUCGUAUAACUUUGUUUUUCAUGGGUGGUAAUUAUCUUUUCUAAUAAUUAGUGAGAAAAUACACAAAGGUUAUUAUCAAAUUGGAUUCAAGUAGAAUUUACUGUGUGAAUGAAAUGAAUAAGCAUUUCCAAGUUAAAUACAAGCCAUUUGUAAAUUGGGCUGAUUCUUCUAAUAGUGCAAUUAAAUUGGUACCAUAUGUGUACUUCAAUCAACAGGGUUUAAGCCCAAACCCUUGUACUCCUCCCUACCCCAAACUUGGCAAUCUUUUCUCAGACAUUCAGGCACAGGAAGUAAGUACAAUGUGUAUUUUCUCUCUUGUUUUAAGUUGCAGUGAGAUGGUUUUCUUUUGUCAUGGUUAACUAAGCUAUUCAAUACUAAAAAUUAAUUCUUUGCACAUUUUUCUAUUCAAAGUGCUCAAACAAUUAAAAAAUAUAAUUCAAGUAGUUUCUGUGAAAAUCUUGAUUUCUGUAGUAGGAUUGCUUAAUGUGUCUUCAAAUAAAGAUGUUGCUCUGAUAAUGUAGUCCUGUUAACAUGUUUAAUAUACUUGGAGCAGAGAACUGAUGCAAGUAAAGCAGAACUGUGCAUGGGUUUAAUUAGUUUAAAAAAUUAAACCUGUGGAAACCAGUGAAAAUGGUUCACUUUAUUAAUAAAUAUUUUAAGAAAUGGAAGGCAAUAUGUUGCAUAAGAUGACUAUAAAUAAAUUCAUUUUUGCACUAUGAUGAUGUUUGGUAAAGUCACCUAUUUUGUUAAAAGAGAAGUGAUUAAUUAUUUAGUGAUGGAUGUCAGUUUGUGAUCUUCAUAACCUUGGGUAUGUACCCCUCUUCCAAUAAAGUUAUUCAGUUUGCUGCAAAGAUACCAGGAUUUAUUUUUGUAAUUAUGUUAUUGCAUUUAUUUCUAUUUCAGAAUGUUUGAUUAGUUGUUUCUUUUCAAAAGCUGUAGCUUGAUACAUGUAUGUGUUGCUUGUAUUUCUUUUACAUUAAAUUAAUUUUUAUGACACUUAGC